AUGGGAGAUCAAAGCAUAACAAAUUUAUUUGAAUCACAAACCAUAUUUGCUGAUCACAAGGAUCUCAUACACGAUGUUGCUUACGAUUUUUACGGCGAAAGAAUGGCUACUUGCUCUAGCGAUCAGUACGUUAAGAUCUGGGAUUCUGAUAAUAAGGGUGGGUGGAGGCUAACCGGCAGUUGGAAGGCCCACCAUGGCUCUGUGUGGAAAGUCACUUGGGCACAUCCUGAAUUUGGGCAAGUCAUCGCCACAUGUUCUUUUGAUCGAACUGCAGCAGUGUGGGAAGAAGUAGGGGACACAAAUUCAUCAGGGUCCGAGAAGGGUUUACGCACCUGGGUGAAACGAUCAAACCUAGUUGAUUCUAGAACUUCUGUAACUGAUGUUAAAUUCGGGCCUAAACAUUUGGGUUUACUGUUAGUCACAUGUUCAGCUGAUGGUAUAAUAAGGAUAUAUGAAGCACCAGAUGUUAUGAACUUAGCACAGUGGACUUUGCAGCACGAAAUCCCAACUAAAGUCUCAAUAAGUUGCUUAACAUGGAAUCCUUCUAUGUCCAAAAUAAAUCCACCUAUGUUAGCUGUAGGAAGUGAUGAACCUAACACAACAAAUGCAAUAGCCAAUGUACAAACUGAUAAAAGUACUGCAUGCAACGGAAAAGUGUUCAUAUAUGAGUACAGCGAAGGCUCUCGUCGUUGGACCCGCACGGAUUGCCUCUCCUCGGUCCUGGAGCCCGUGAACGAUAUAGCGUUCGCUCCCAACCUGGGCCGCUCCUUCCACCUGCUCGCCGUGGCCACUAAGGAUGUCCGCAUCAUUAAGAUUGAGCCUAUUGUCGACUGGAACAACCCGAACAGCACUAACGGCGGCGGUCGUUUCAAGACCGAAGUAUUGGCCGCGUUCGAGGAACAUUUCUCGUGCGCGUGGCGAGUCUCGUGGAAUCUGACCGGAACACUACUGGCUUCCUCUGGGGAUGAUUGCUGCGUGCGACUCUGGAAGAUGCAAUACCUGAACCAAUGGCGUUGCGUGGCCGUGUUCAAGAACGAGCCGAUGGCGGGGGAUUCCCCGCCUCUAGUCCGGCCGCAUACUGCCUACAUGCGGAUGGCCACUAUGGCCAACCCUGCCCAUAUGCCAUACCACUGA